AACAUAAAAAACGAUCGAAUCCAAUCCAAAGCUGCAGCCAGCUGCAGCCUCCAGUAAGCAGCGCAUUUUCGCAUUCGCGGGAGCGCGUGUGGCGCGUGCAGCUGGGAUGACUGAAACGCUGAAAUCGCAGUGCUCAUCACUUGACUGGCCUCCACCGUCGACGCUACCAUCCGCUGCCGUGAUCGUUGCUCAAGACUCCGUUGGUUAUCGCGUUCUAAAAAAGACGAGCGCACGCGCAGUACUUUUUUUUCGCGCAUAUUUACACUCUCUACGAGGAUAAGCUGUAGGACAAUCAAGGACGUCUGGUUUCACGUACGACGCGGCGGAAACUCUCGUCGACGGACCAACGCACGUUCGAGAACACCUCCCCGGCAGCACACAAUGUGACCGCAAGCGGAACCUUCUUUUUUCUUCGGCGAGAGCGGAAACUGUUCCGCUCGUGACCGCCACACUAAAGGCAUGUUGACGGUCGCCGCCUAUUCGCUCCGACGACACCAGCGUCGACGCUGUCGCGAGGGCAGUGAAAACCAAACACGUGCGUGUUGCAGCCAACUCUGCCAGUCUUCCAGCCCCAGAAUGAGGCUAGCGAAGGACUGCGUUGUUUCUACUUAGAAAGAAACGCUAGAACAGAGAAAUCGAGUCGACGACUGUGAUCAUGUUGUUUAUGCUGGGGAAACCGGUGUGCUGUAUCGCUGGACGCGGUAUGGCACUGCCCAGCUUGAAGUGGUGCAGCGCCACGGACAUGGGGAUGUCCGCUUGCAGACUGUUCGUCGUGUGUUCAGUGGGCGACAGGGUCAGCGAGAGAUGGUCGGCAAAGACGUCGAAUCACAGCUGCGUCGGCAGGUUCAAGUCGUCUUCCACGCGAAGGGAUGCAGCGUACGGCGCGCGCAGCAACGCAGUCUCCCACCGCCGGACUUUGCCGGAGAGGUUGGUGCACUUGGCACCGACCACCUUGCAGCCUUACCUGCGGCUCAUGCGGGCAGACAAACCCAUCGGAACAUGGCUGCUGAUGUGGCCUGGGGCUUGGAGCAUCAGCCUGGCAUCCCAAGCUGGUUGCCUUCCUGACCUGAAGCUCUUGGCGUUGUUUGGUGCCGGCGCCUUCCUCAUGAGGGGUGCAGGCUGCACCAUCAACGACAUGUGGGAUCGAAACAUUGACAGCAAGGUGGAGCGAACUAAGUACCGACCCUUGGCUGCUGACCAGCUGUCCAUGUUUGAUGCCCUGGUGUUCACCGGUGGUCAGCUUGGUCUGUCGACACUGAUCCUACUCCAGCUCAACUGGUACAGUAUUGUCCUGGGAGCCAGCUCAGUGAUUCUAGUCACCCUGUAUCCAGCCAUGAAGCGGAUCACCUACUGGCCGCAGCUUACACUCGGACUCACCAUAAACUGGGGAGCCCUGUUGGGCUGGGCGGCUGUCCACGGCGCGUGUGAUUGGUCCGUCGUGCUUCCACUGUACGCUGCGUCUCUCUGCUGGACGCUCAUCUACGACACCAUCUACGCGCAUCAGGACAAGGUAGACGACGCCGUGAUUGGGAUGAAGUCGACCGCUCUCAAGUUUGGUCCUCGGACCAAGCGCUUCCUGAGCCUCUUUUCGACCGGUAUGGUCGGCAAUCUGGCGCUCUGCGGACUCGCCUCUGGUCAGUGCUGGCCGUACUACGCCGCCGUCGUAGCCACGGGGGCGCACCUCGCUAAUCAGAUUUACACGCUCAAGUUGAACGAUCCUGCCGACUGUGCACGCAAGUUCGUCUCCAACCGACAGAUUGGCUUCAUCAUGUUCCUAGGGAUUCUGUCUAGCAGUCUUGUCAGGUGAAGUAGGAAAGAUGCGGGAGGAACUUAGUCACUGUUAUCCAGUCCGGUUUGUUAUUGUUAUUUUACUCUGCUCCUCGUUGAUGCCCGAAUAAAAGGUGUUUAUGAUAGGUUGAA